UUAUCUUUUCUUGUUUGUUUUAUAUUCAUUCCUCUUUUUGUCAUGGUCUCCUUUAUAAAACUAAAAAGAGGAAUAAUAUGAUUUAUUCUUAUAGCUGACGUCUUGUCAACUCGUUCUUAUUUCUAUAGUGUGUGCGUUCAUCCAUAGCCUACAUAUUGUGAGGCGGCUUUUCAGACUUCUGACCAUAAAUACCAGCAUGAUUAGUUAUCUUUUUCAAUUCUCUGGAGUGUAAGUCAGUUUUGGCUCCUCAUUCAGAGAAGCGCCUGAACCUUUCAACAGUUCACAGUGAAAUGAUAUGGUUUCCCCUCAAACACAUUUUUCAUGGUGGUAUUUCAAGUCAGAGCUCCGGAUUGGUCUGGAAGACAUGUCAGCUUGUUUUCACUGGAUUUAUCACCAAACAGGGCACUUCUCCUUUAAUUUCACCACUGACAUGACAGAGAGGAAACUGCAGCAUGACGUAUUUCCCCAUUUCAGAGGAAAGGCUUCACACUGAUAUCCUGUGGAAACACAAUGAUUCUGCUCAUGUUGAUGCUGGUUUUUCUGCUUCAGAGUGGAGGCAUCAGAGGAGGCAUCUCUUACUGUGAUCUCUAUCAGAGACCUGGAGAUGAUGUCUUGUUACCCUGUCUUCAGGUGUCAUUAACUGAGACCAGAUGUUCAGAUAUUCACUGGUUUUACAACAAAGAUUCAGGAAGAACUUUUCUUGAUGUUGAUGAUGGAGAAGUUGAGAAGAGCUCACCCCGAGCUGCCAGACUGAGUCUGCACACCAACUGCUCUCUGAUCAUCAAUAACAUCACAGCUGAGGACGCUGGUCAGUACACCUGUCGAUAUUUGAAGGACUCUACCUGGGACACACAGGUGUUUCUCAACAUUUUGACAAUUUCACCGUCAUCUACAGACACAGAUCCAAAUAGAGACGGAGACGUGACAUUAAGUUGCUCCCUGUUCAAAUUUGGAGGACGGUGUGAACCCAGGAGUGUCCGCUGGGUGGAUGAGAUGGGAGCUGAGCUGGUUGGUGAAGGUGAUGGUUUCAGGUAUGGAGGACAGACAAACUGUGUUUCUUAUCUGACUGUGAAGAAUCAGGCUGAACACAGCAGAAGAUACACCUGCCAGUAUGUUGAUGAAACAGGUGUGAAGAUCCAGGCUCUCUACUCAGCUGCGUCCUCAGUCCGUGAUGAACCCUUCAUCUUCAUCGUCGGGGGCGUGGUCGGGCUGUUGGUGUUGAUCCUGGUCAUUACAGUUAUUCUACUGAAAUGCAGAAAACAAGUGAAAGCGACAAAAGAUGCUCCAAAACUGGCCAAUAUUCCAGAAGAGGCCGAUGUGACCUAUGCCACAGUAAACGAGCAUCACACCAGUGACCAUAAAGAUGAUGAGACAGAGAUCAGUCUGACCUACGCCACUGUGAGCCUCACGAAUCAAAAGGUCCAUCAGAAGAAGAAGGUCAAAGUUGAGGAAAAGGUGGAAGAAGUGACUUAUUCUGCUGUCAGGACUCGGUGAAGACCAAACUGAAAGCUCCCAGAAUGCCUCGGGGUCAGACUGUCGUCACUCAUGAAGGAGCAGUCAGCAGUCUUUACUGAUUAUUGAUAAAGUAAUUUGGUACUUCAUCGACAGCCUGGGUAAAACAAGCUCCCUCCACCGGACGACCAGCAGCCGCACACUGUGCCCAGCGCCGGACGCCCCGAGGCGCCAGCUGCUGGAGACGAGCACAGCGUCACCAGAAGACACAACCGCCGCUGCUGGACGCCGCAGCUGAUCCUGAAGAUGAAGAUGAUGAGCACAGGAACACUUACUGCUGCGACCACACCGAGGUCCCCCACACGACAGAGACGUCCUCCUCCACGCUUGAAGGACACUUGAACAAUUGAACUUGAGACGCUGUCGUCUGAGUUCCAAAACGGAAAAUUCAGUGUGUUGAUUUCACAGAAUUUUUACAGAAUUUCCCAGUUUGGGAUCAAUAAAGUACUACUCUGCUCUGCUCUACUCUACUCUACUCUACUCUACUCUUCACUGGUGGUGGACUUCAACCACAAAAAAAGAAGAAGAAGAAGAAGAAGAAGUGUUUGAAGUGAUUUUUCUGUUUCAGACCAAUUUACGAUGUUCUGUUUUUUUUUUUUUGUUUGUUUGUUUUUUUCUCAGUUUUGAAAUGUUUAGUUCAGGGGCGCUGCUGGGUUUUCAGUUCAGGUGGGCUCAGCCCCCAGGAGAGGCACAGGAUGUGAGCGAACACAGAGCACGAGCGUAAAACUCCACAAACAGCUAAGAAAAACUGAGAAAUUAUUCAUUGUUAUUGUAGUUUGUUUUGACACAGGACAACUACAGUAAAGGUUUGCAGAGUAACAGUGUGUUUACCGCUGCAGUCUUUACCCCCAGUCAAUAGCAAGACAGAGUUUGGGAGUCUGUGAAAAAAAAAUCUCAAAUUAAAAUGAUAAUAAAUUAAUAAGCUGGCUGAAUCAGUAAAAGAAAAAAGGGUGUAAGACUAGUUACAUAUAUUUACUGGAUGGCUGUUAUGUUUGUCAGUUUCCUGUCGAUGAUUCAAAGAAGUGACAAUAAGUGUUGAACCACUUCAGAAAGUUUUGAACUAGUUUUCUAAUAAACCAGGUUCAUCCGGACUGAGUCAGUGCUCAUAUUGUUUGUAGAAACUUGAAGAUGAAGGAAACACUCUGGUAUGAAUCUUCAGAACUUCAUGCUUUAUUAGCAGCUGCUGCACAUAACAUCUCACUGCUCGCAGGAGAUUAGUGUGAAGCUAGUGCUUCUCCACUCCUCAACUUCAUCUGCUUCUUUCUGUGUGAGGAGAGAGCCAUUUUUCCGCCACCCAGUUUCCAGUCCAAACACAGCAAAACGCGGCUAUCGCAUUCUCAAAAACCAGCCCAAAGUCGACCCAGUAGAGUUGCACUCUCCCUCCUGUCAAAGCAGGAACAGCCAGCUGAGUUCUCCGUGUCGUAAUGUCGGCGAUGAGGAAGCGGCGGUCAGCCAACGCAGUGAGAUACGGUGAAAUUUCAGGCCCAAUCUGUUCUCAAAUUGACUUGUGUGCCUGAAUACCACACACGUUACCAUCGCCAUUAAAAUAAGACGUGUUUCAUUCGCUAAUCCACCAGUAUUCUGCGUGUUGUUAGCUGCACGGUUGGCAACACUUUUAGCCUACAGGAAGUGUGACAUUUCGAAACUGUCCUAAAUAAAGAAAAUGGAAAGCACCAUCAGAGUUUCUGCAUCAGUCUAUAAAUACACUGCAUCUGCGGGCUUCUGCUGA